AUGAAGAUAAAGAAGUUUUCGCUAAAGAAUUUGAUCACAUCAACAAGUCCUGAGAUAAGAUUCUUGACAGUUCCAAGACAUCCGAAUAUUACUAUCGAUGGAUCAAUUAGCAUUGAUAUUUUGAGAUCAAGACAUAACUCGAAUGUCACAAUUUACUUCGCAUUGUUGGCAAUAAGGAACUUGUUAUCGAAGCCCAAUUUCGAUAGCACCCAGAACAUGGAAGUCUAUGAUGCUGUUGAAACAUUGUCAAACAAAAUUGAGGCAAUAACUUAUAAUAACUUCAAACUUGAAGUUUUGCCAAACAUCAAAGAGGAAGUUCCUGAAAACGCUUCCAUCAACUUCGGUGUCGGAAAGACUGUCAAGCCUAAGUGUGUUCCAAUUUAA